AUGAAAGUCUCGUUGACGACGCCCAUGCUGUUGAAGAGAAAUGAACUCCACAGCAUCUGCAGGCAAGCGCAAGGGACGCUCAUCGGCCUCUUUGCCAUACACUAUCCGGGUCCCGCAAUAACGCUGCUCUAUUUGACCCACGCAAGAACAAGCUAUGGAGGCAGAGAAAAUGAUCUGCUAUUGGACCACGUGCGGGAAAGCCCUUGCCUGCUGAGCCCGGGCUCCGUCACAAGUUCGUCAGGUGCUCGGAGUGCGGUCAUCCUCUCCUGCCUUCACUGCAAGGCAAUGCACGAGGGCAAGAGCUGCGCGGCGUUUCAAGCUGAACGAAGACCAGCAGCACGGAGUCCCACGCCUUCCCCGUUGGGUGCCCGACGAAAGAGCGGCGACACCCCGUCACCCUCGAAAGGCGGAGGGUCCAGUGAAGGUGACAUGUCGCCAUCGAGGGUUUCGCCACAAACAACCCUUGCCACGUACUUCGAUGCGAUGACACUGCUAACACCUUGCAGACUCUCCUGGGCAGAUGACUCGGCGAGUACGAGCUCGGCGGGUUCAUCGCGCUCCCCAAACGUCGCGGCACAGUCCACAUCACCGAGCAAGCAGUCGGUGGUGGCUGAUCGGGUGACCCGGUCAGGAGAUCGAGGCACAUCACGCCAGAUGCGCACGGCCAUCUGUCGCACCGAAGACUGUGGUUUCGAAAAGCAGGUGGACGCCGGUGACACGGAACUUUACUGCUACAAGUGCCGAAAGACCACGUGCCUAGUCUGCAAUGCCAGUCAUGGUUUAAUUACGUGCGAAGAGUAUCGGCGGCAGCUCGAUGACCAAGAGGAAGAGAUUCAAGUCUGGUGCGCCGGCAAGGAUUGCCUUUACACAGUGUACGUGGGCGCUAGUACGCAGCAACUAAAGUGCACACUGUGCGAUCGCAUCACGUGCCUGAAGUGUCAGGCUGUGCACGAGUUCCAGACUUGCGACGCGUACGCGCGAGAUCGCCGUCGGUCGAACGUCCCGCUGCCGGAGGAGGAAAAGACGACUGGCGGCGACGGCGAGACCUACGCGAAGGAGGAGUCCGCAGUGGAAGGCAACAGGGCUGACGAGAACGAGUCGGGCGACAUGCCGCCACCUUGCGCCACCUCUGCGAGAGAACCCAUGGGCCGAGAAGCAUCGAGGCAGAAGGAAGCGCUCGUUCAGCAAGCAGCGAACAAUCCUCGCCCCAGCGAAACAGCGUCGGAGCAUCCCCAACCGAGGGCAAGUCAAAAUGAGACUGUCGCCGCACCGCGGGUAACAGCGUCGGAGCGUCCCCCACCCCGAGCAAGGCACACUGCGAGUGUUGCGGCACCGCCAGUAGAUGCCGUGGUGGUCGAGUGUUGCGCUUGCGCAGUUGAGUCAAAUAUUGAAAAAAUCAUAGAUGUCACCGAAUGCGGCCAUUUGCUCUGCAGGGAGUGUGUUCACGCAACAGCAGUGGGCUCACUCACAUACAUCGUGCAUUGCCCUGUCGCCACAGAGACGGGAGUUUCCUGUGACGCCUACAUCCAAGAGUCAGCCCUAAAAUCUGUGAUGACGGAAGAAGAGUACGCGAUCCGAAACGAGCUGGUGAACUCGCCCAUCAUUCAGUGUCCGAUGGAGGGCUGUUCCGGAAAGUUCUCCGUCAGACCCGGAACGCGAAGACUCAACUGCCCGAAGUGCCAGAUCGUGUACUGCGUCUCUUGCAGCGCGAACCACUGGGGCGUAACCUGCGAGCAGUUCAUUCGUGGAGUGGCCGACGAUGCACAAGGCUCGGACGUAGCGGACUAUCAGUCUAGCGGCCGCAGCACGUCUCCUCUUCCCGGAACACCUGCGACAAGUGAAGAGGAAUCGGUGGAAUGCGACGGCUGUUUGGCCGAUGCCCAACGCGAGGAAGUGAUCACUGUAGAGCAGUGUGGACACUCGAUCUGCAGGGAGUGCAUAUGUAGAAACACAAUUGAGAUGACUGGGAAUGCCGCCCUCUGCCCUGUCACCUUAGAGGACGGGAGCCAGUGCAACUCUCCCGUACAAGACUCAGCGUUUCAACCGACCCCAACAAGCAGUAGUACUACCUCAGGGAACAACCAGCAAGGCGCAUCGAGGAAUGUUCUAAGGGGUGCUCGCGCUGCCUCGGAGCAGUCACCAGCGUCCUUCGCGGUUGAAUGUAGCCAGUGCCUGGCAGAGACUCCAUUCGGGGAAAUCAUCGAUCUUCUCUGGUGCGGACACUUCCUGUGCAGGGAGUGCGUGCAAAGAACUGCAGUGAACACGGUUGCCCGCUUUGUCCAUUGCCCUGUCGUUCAAGAAGGCGGCUCACAAUGCGGUUCUUACAUUCAAGAGUCUGUCCUGAAAUCUGUGCUGUCCGUCCAGGAGCGGGCAAGACGCAAGGAAUUGCUUCAACAGCAGUCUAGCCGGUCCAUGUAUGCUUCCCGGGGACUACCUGGAAAGCCCAGAGUAUACGACAGUGACGAAUAUUAUUAGCGACUCCAAUGACAAAGGUUGUGUGCCUUUCGCCUGCGCUAUUUCUGCUUGCCCACCGCUGCCAUCAACCGGGAAUGCAGACGUUUUUCGCAAGCCCAGAAGCUGCGUGAUAGUUGCCGUACCUGUUGUAGGGAGGAGGGGUGGAGUAGUCAUCGUGAACUUUUGUCAAUAACUUAUUUUGCAUGCUAAGAUAAGGAUUUCACUGAUUUCAUAAGCAAGUCCUUAUGACUCAUACCAGCAUUUAGCACUAACGAAUAUUCACUCCGAUGAUGUUCUGUCGGAUGGGUGGAAUGAUAAAAAUAGCGCGCACUAAAAUAAUCUUUCUUUACAAUAAUUCGAACAAUAAAGACAGCGUAGCCGUUGUAACAUGUUAUCU